UUUAUAUUUCACCUUUAUGAUUCUCUUUCUUAUAUACUUCUGUGUAAAUCCUUGACCUAUAGCUUGUUCACUUUGUUUCAGUCAAGGAAUUCUCUCUUGUGAUCUGCGUAUAAAUCUACUAAGCACACACACACACACACAAGUUAAAAAAAAAAAUAUAUAUGUCAAUGGACAUGAUGGCAACCGAACGUGUUUGUUAUGUUCACUGCAACUUCUGCAACACCACUCUAGCGGUUAGUGUUCCAUGCAGCAGUUUCCUCACCAUAGUGACGGUUAGAUGUGGGCAUUGUGCCAAUUUGCUAUCAGUUAACAUGGGAGCUUCACUUCAAACACAUCCCCCUCAAGACCCUCAGAAACAGCACCUAAGUGUUCAAGAGCCAAGUAUCAAGGAACUGGGAUCAUCUUCAAAAUGCAAAGCAUUACCGGUAGACCAUGAGCAACCUAGGGUUCCUCCAAUUCGUCCUCCUGAGAAGAGACAACGUGUUCCUUCUGCUUAUAAUCGGUUCAUUAAGGAGGAAAUCCAAAGAAUUAAGGCAAGUAAUCCAGAUAUCAGCCACAGGGAAGCAUUCAGCACAGCAGCCAAAAACUGGGCACAUUUCCCUCACAUUCACUUUGGGUUAAAGCUGGAUGGAAACAAACAAGCAAAGUUGGACCAGGGUGACACUACUCAAAAGUCUAACGGAAUCUACUGAUAUAAAUACAAGUUUAUACAUCCAUUAUCAUCUUGGUUUUUUAUGUGCUUGACCUAAAUCAAUGAAAGAUGAGGUUGAUCAAAUUUCCCAGUCAAACAACUGCAUGGGAGACACUCCUGAAAAUUAACCUCACCCUCUCACCCCAUGUUUAAUAGUAUUUGUGUUUCCCUUUUCUGGUUGUUAAGAAAUGAUUGCUAUUCUAGUGAUUGCAUUAUUAUGUUGAACUUAGGCACUUAAGUAUACAUUAUAAGUUCCUUCUAUAUUAUAAUAAUGUGU